AUGCCUAAGAUUGUGGAGUCCCCACGCCGUGUGCGCUUCAACCCCUUCUCCAGGGGUUCGUCUAGCCCGAGCGAUGAUACGGUCUUAUCGUUUGGUGUGAGAGAUCUAGAGAGAGGCGAGAAUGGACCAAAAGCACUGUCCAACACUCCUAGCAGUAUAGCCACGCCAGAUGGCGCUGCUCCCCGCAGCAGACCCUCGGUCACCCAGCUGUUUAUCAACAAUCGGCACGUGAUGUCCAAGUCCAAGAACUGGACCAGCGCCUUGGAUCCUACAACGCAACGGCUUCUCUCGCGCGUACCCAGCAGCACACACCAUGAGAUCCAGAGCGCUGUCGACGCCGCUGAUGCUGCUCAGCCGGAGUGGGCCGCAAUCGGGUUCCAGACUCGCAGGGAGUAUCUCCUCAAAUUGAUCGACGUGUUGCGGGAUAUGUCUCCGAUGAUAGUGAGCUGUCUCUGUCGCGAAGUGGGAAAGACGAUUUCCGACGCGGAAGCAGAGGUAUUUCGGGGUCUAGACUCUAUCCAUGCUGCCUGUUCGAUUGGCCCCGAGAUGGCAGGGAUGUAUCUCGGGUCUGACCCCACGUUGUUGCAGACAUUUUACGAGCCGGUAGGCGUGUGCGUGUCUAUCACCCCGUUUAGCUUCCCGUUCAUGAUUCCCCUGUGGUCUACGCCGUAUGCACUCAUCACGGGAAACACCGUGGUGUUGAAACCCUCUGAGAGGGCUCCAUCCGUAUCGGGCAUCCUGGCGGAAGCGAUGAUCCAAGCCGACUUUCCACCAGGGGUGUACAACAUCCUCCACGGAGGGCCAUCGACAGUGCAAAAUCUCGUAACGCAGCCCCUGGUACAGGCCAUCAGCUUUGUAGGCUCCGAACCCGCAGCCAAUGCAGUUCACGACCUGGCGCGUACCGCUGGAAAGCGGAUCCAGGCCGAGUGCGGGGGCAAGAACCACGGGGUCGUCUUGGAGGACGCUAACAUGAUGUCGACCUUGUUCGCGAUUGCAGGAGGUGCCUUUGGAGCAGCCGGUCAGCGGUGUAUGGCACUCAGCGUGGCAAUAUUCGUCGGAAAUACCAGAGAGUGGAUACCAAAGCUGGUAGAUCUAGCACAGUCGAUGGUUGUCGGUAGUGGAAACGAUAAACAGUCCAAGAUCGGACCUUUGAUCGACCGGGCGGCAAAGACCAAAGUCACCGAGAUGAUCGAUCGGGCAGUCGAAGAAGGCGCCAUGGUUCUCCUGGACGGGCGCGACGUGCAUGUGCCUGACUAUCCUGACGGCAAUUUCCUAGGCCCGAGCAUUCUGAUCGGCGUGGAGACGUACAUGGAAUGCUACCAGAACGAGAUCUUUGGACCGGUGCUCAUCUGCAUGCAGGUUGAUACACUGGACGAGGCCAUCGCCCUGAUUAACCAGAAUAAAUACGGCAAUGGUUGUUCCAUCUUCACGAGCAGUGGGAAGCACGCCAGUACCUUCCAACGCAAGGUCAACGUGGGUCAGAUUGGAGUCAACAUUCCAUUAAUCGCUCCAUAUGGUACUGCUGUGAGGACAAGCAACAAGGACUCCUUUCUAGGUGAUCGGCAUACACCGGGCAAAACAUACUGGCCUUUCUUUACCACCACGAAAACGGUGUCCUCUCGAUGGGAUCAAGUAUGA